AUGGCUGACCAAGUCUACACGUUACGUUGGGGUAUCAUCUCCACCGGAUGGAUUUCCAUGAAGUUCGUCUUGGACCUGUUGGCGGACCCUAAAACCCGCGGAACUACAGAUGUGGCCCACAAGGUCGUCGCUGUUGGCUCGCGCAGUCUCGAGUCAGCGCAGAAAUUCAUCGACACGCACAUGGCAGGCAACAAGAGCGUGAAACCCUACGCGACCUAUACCGAGCUCUUGGCGGACCAGGACGUCCAAGCGGUGUACAUUGGCACGCCUCAUACCAUCCACUAUGAGAACGCAUUGGAAGCCUUGAAUGCGGGCAAACACGUUCUGUGUGAGAAGGCGACCACCGCGAACGCUACUGAGCUCAAAGCCCUGCUCGCUCUGGCAAAGGAAAAGAAUCUUUUCUUCAUGGAGGCUAUGUGGACGCGCUUCCAGCCCCUCUCGCUCGAGCUGAAAAAGAUCGCAGAGGAGGGUGCGCUUGGCGACCCGGUCGUUUUGCACGCAGACUUGUCUGCUGACUUCAAGACCGAGACCCUUCCUCUUACACAUCGUAUGCUCGACCCCAAGCUGGGCGGCGGUGCUCUUCUUGACCUCGGCCCGUACCCUAUGUUCUGGUGCAUGCUCGGCCUGUACGAGCACCCCUCGAACAAGGGCGCACGCCCGACGAGCGUCACCGGGUCGAUCCUCAAGUCCUCCAUCACCGACGUCGACGCGUGCUCGAGCUGGACCGUCAACUUUACGUCCACGCUCCAGGCGCAGGCGGUGCUCACCGCGAGCAUGACCGUCGACUCCGCGCCGUUCGGCGCGACGAUCCGCUACAAGCGCGGCGUGAUCCUCGUGAAGCCGCCGAUCUACCGCCCGCCGGCGUUCACGGUCCAGUACUUCGGCGAGGGGAACAAGGUCGUGAGGGAGGAGACGCGCGCGUUCAGCUUCGACGACGGGCAGGGGUGGUGCUAUGAGGCGGACGAGGUGGCGCGGUGCGUCCGGGACGGGAAGCUGGAGAGCGGGCUGUGGGGGCAUGAAAAGAGCAUUAUCAUGAUGGAGACGUUCGACGAGGUUCGCAAGCAGGGUGGGUAUGUGCUGCCAGAGGGCGUUGAGAAGCUUGGUCGUGUGCAGUGA